AUUCCAUCUCCAUCUAGUUUUGGUUUCAGUAUAUAACUUGGUGAGACUCAGCCUCUCUAUUCAAGGGAAAUUAAAUCGUUUGUCUGUUGCUCUGGUCGAACAAAAAGCAUGCAGCCCAGGGGCGCUAAGAAAAGCCCACGUCUUGUGAUAGUUGAGUCGACCUCUUCUGCACGCACCCUCAGCUAUGAAACACUUCGUUUAUAAACUCUCAGCAGCUGUCUCACCCGAGUAGUUUUCUCUUUAAGCAUGAGACAACUCUAUUCUUUGCUUAGAUGCAGGACCUGACUCACUAUACUCUCGGUUGGUGGGAUGAAAUGCAGCUGAUGGUGUGCUGUACAGGCUAUCUCAGCUAGCCUCAGGGGUCCUGGCCCAAUUUGUAUCUAGACUCGAGAGGCGCUGUUUGAGGCUUCACACCAGGAGAAUAGGGCAUUUUACAGUAUAGCCUGGCUGCUGGCAAGAUGAAGAGCUCCUUUUCGAGACGGAAUAUUCCGGCUGUAAUGUGCGCAGCUGAGCGUGAGGAUCUUUGUUUCAUUGUUUUCUGUGCUUUUCGGUGUUUUUGUUAUGGUGUUAGUCGAUACAAUGAAGCACUUACACGGCCUCUCGUGGAUCGGCCUGUUGGGCUUGGCUGUCCUGACUACCGCAAAAGAUGUCUCUUACGUGACUGACCUCGAGAUCUUUACCUACUUGGCGCCAUGUGUUUCCAGCGCAAUCUCAUACAAUGUCGGCAUGCAGACAUACUCGACCAUGUGCGGCGACUCAGAGACCGAAUUGCAGAAAUGCAUCUGCUCGACUCGAAUGGACGAAGUUGCCUCAUCGAUCUCGACCGAUAUAGAAUACAGCUGCGGCUCCAGCGCGACGGAGGAUCUGUCAAGUGCGUCUAAGCUGAUGCAGAAAUACUGCAACCAGGAGGAACAUAUCACUUUCUUUUCGCCAACCAAGAAUAUCGUCGAGGCAUAUAUAACAGAUCUUCCUGAGUUGGCGUAUCUCCCGCCUUGCGCGCAGUCGGGAUUAUCCUACGCCGUGGUCAAUAUUGGGUCGUCAAGGUGCCCUGAAGCCGCCGAAUUGAAUGCACCGUGUGUCUGUAGCAAGAAAGAUGUCGUUCGGGAUAUUACUUCAACACUUAAGAGUGCCGUGAAAUACUCAUGUUCUAACAACGGAGACGUCACUUCGGCCCAGAACUUCUACAGCGAAUUCUGUCAGAUGAACGACGGCACAACGUCUUUUGCACCACCGAAAGGGCCUCCUGGAGAUAUGUCAUACUACAUCACAGCUAUGCCGCAUUUCAAGUCUCUUAACAAAUGCGCCCAGUCCGGGAUAGCUUCUGCAGUUAUGGAGCAAAGCUCCUGGCUAUGUGGAAACGGUCCUCAAGAGCUGGCUUCAUGCAUCUGCAUAAAAUCAGGGAUGUCAAAGAUCAUAUCUAGCAGUUUGACCGAGCGAGUCAAGGACUACUGCGAUAGCACACACAUUGCCAACGUCACAUCCGCCAUCGACGUCUUUCGGUACUAUUGCAGCGCCGCUGAGAGUUUGGUUGUUGCUACCGUCAGUCAAUCAAUCUUCCAGUCAUAUCCGACUGCUAGUUCAGGAGCUGGUUCAGGGACAACAGUUCCAGGAAUGACUGGUUCAGCUGGCGCAACUGCAACUUCUAGUUCUAACACUACGAAAGAGUCUGAUCCUGGCCAUGAGGAUAAAGAGGAUGAUGAAUCGAAGACGAGUAUCGCACCGAUCGCUGGGGGAGUUGCUGGCGCUGUCGUGGUGGCCGCUCUUGGUGCGGGACUAUUCCUCUGUAUUCGAAGAAAGCGCCAACGUCAAGCCAAGGGCGAAGAGCUCUCCAACAAUGCCGACGGGCCUCCAGAAUAUACUGGACAUCCAGAGCUCAUGGGCAAUAGUGCUUAUAUCAAGGGCCACACUGCACCACCAAUUGUUUCCGAAUUGUCAUCGACCACUUCUUUCAAGCCGGAACUAGGCGGAGGGCAGGGCAUUUCAGAGCUUCCUCCUAACCAUGCACCCACAGCUGAGCUUCAAGCUCACCUUGCCAAGUCUAACUGGGGGCACUCACCGGCACAAUCAGAAUAUGUGUCGCCGGUGAGUCCUGCGCCAGCAUAUUCUGGCCUUCAUGGAAUGGGUUUUCAGUCAGGGCCUGUGGAAGCUUAUGAGUUGGAUUCUAAUAUACGAAGUCGAUAGAAGGAUAUCGAUCUCCUCUAUUCUUCUAACGGCUUCAAAAGCUGGCGCUAUGGUUGCUUUUUGGUAAUAGGAGUAAUGUAAUCAUGGAUUGUCGAUGGAUACCAGAUAUAUCUAUAGUUUUAAUGUUAUCAGAAACCUGCAUUUAUAUAAGCCGGGCCUAUGUGACCGGAC